AGCCUCCUCUGUUGAUAAUCGGCUCUGUGCUCAGAUAUAUUCAAGGAUUUUAUGCGCGAUCAUCACUCCAGUGGGUCAAGUCCGAGUCUUAUUCAGCUCUUAUUCAAGUAGAUUUUUACCUUUUAUUUCUGAUCGAGUACAGACAGCCUUCUGGUCCCGACAUCAUGAAAAGUUUCAUCGCAGUUUCGCAUUUUUUCCUGGCUUUUCUGCUGCACAUGGUACCUGCGCAGAUUUCACAACCUCCAGAGAAGGAAAAGUCAAGAGUAAUUCCACUCAUAGAGGUAAUGGAAGGGAGCAACUGUCAGCCUAUGAAACAGUUGGUGGAUGUAGAGCAGGAGUUCCCUGAAGAAGUGCGGUACAUUUACAUCCCUGCCUGUGUCCCACUUUGGAGAUGCUCGGGAUGCUGUAUGGACGACAGCCUGGAGUGUCAUCCUGCACUCGAACGAAACGUCACUCUGCAGUUGAUCAGAAUAUUUCCUAGGAUAUAUUCGCAAAGUGUGGAGCUCACAUUUGUUCAGCAUCAUAAAUGUGAAUGCAGACCAGGACAGAAACGUCUAAAUGAUAAAAGCAGUGAGUCUAUCAAAACCAGACCCCGAAGGAGGAAACACAAGAAGACCGCAAACGGCUGUGUCAAGUGCCAGUUCCCUCAACAAAAGAUCGGCCUUUACUGAUUCUUUCAUCUGUCCAGUGACUCAGCAGCAACUCUGUGAAGCUUACAUUUAACCAGAGGUGUCAAGUAACAAAGUAAAAAUACUUUGUUACCUCACUUAAGUAGAAAUUGUGGUUAUCUAUACUUUACUGGACUAUUUACUUCUACUCUUUACAUUUUCAAGCAAUU